AUGUUUAACCUUUCUUCGGUGCUACGGAAUUCUUUCAACUUCGAUAUCGAGUCUCAGACUGCGAACAGUAUUACCUGCACAGCCUCGGACUACAAAUUUAACACUGAGAACCUGAAAGCGGAAGAUAACCGCGACAAGUACAACGCAGACGGCGCCCCGCGGCUGAGAAACGAACACUAUGCAGAUAGCACCCCUCGUCCUUGA